AUCCACACACAACCGUUUCGAAAUGAAUUCUGCAUUAGCUAGCAUUGCAUAAAGUGGGACGUUUAGAUGCUGUGGUUUGACCGCAAACCAACACUGUGGCAGAACACUGGUGACUCAGUUAACACUCUGCCAUUUCAUGCGGCUUAUUCAGUUAUAGGGAUUAUUCAUUGAUUAUUGCUCAACACUCUGAGAUGUGUUUUAGGUGUGUGUGUGUGUGUGUGUGUGUGUUUUAUGUAAGUAAGUGUAAAUGCAUUGAUCUCUAAAAGCAAAGCUGAAUUCUGGCUUGUGAUUGGAUCAGAAGGUGUUGAUGAAUUUUCUACAACAGCCGCUCAAAUCACAGACCGUAGAAGGUAAAGAAGCCAAAGCGCAGUGCACGGAUCAGUGCGCGUUCACGCGACUUCCAGGACACGCGCGCGCAUUAAUUGGCGAUGAAUGGGCGCGUGCACGAGCUUUGAGUGGUUUGUUAAUGAGGACGCAGAGGCGGUGUGACCUUCUCCCCUGAUCAUUCUCAUCAUUCUCAUCAUCAUUAUCAGCAUCAUUAGUAAAUGAAGAGAGGAAAUCAGAAUGGAGGCUGCCAUUGAUUUCAAGUCCCUCCGGGCAAAGUUUCAGGAGGGGGGCCAGCUGAAACAGAGACCUGUGGUUCUGGAUAAACCAAAACGCUUCCCACCUAUAGCAAGUCGUGGCAGUUAUUUACCUAAUUCUGCUGUGGAGAACAAAAAUCCUGCCAUCUCACACUUUAACUUAAGAGAUGACCAAAAGAUCUUAUCAGGGAAACCGCCCAGUGCUGUGCCAUCUUGUUUGAUUCCACCUGACACGAAUGGCGUUGGAAGUAGUGUUGCAAGACGCUCGUUCAAAGAUCGUCACUUGCCUCUUGUGCUGCCUGCAUCCUCUUCCUGCUCUUCUAACAGUCCAAAGCAGGAGGCCAAUGCUUCCUCCAAGCUGGUCACGUCACCAAUCAAUUGCAAGAAGAAGGCCAUGCCGACGCCAUUCAAGCCUGCCAAGUUUACCAAGUCCAUUAAGGACAUUCUGGAAAAUGCAGAACAUCCUGAAAGCAGCAAGCCACAGUCUGAACAUUGUAUUGUCGAGAACGGAUUCAGCCCUUGCAAUGGGGGGUCAAAACCGGGGUCAUCCUGUCCAAGCCCAGAGCAGCCAUCAACACCAUCACCUACAGCUGAAGAUCCAUCCAAUGAGGGUAGCAUUCCUCAUGUCCUCAGCACUCUGGAGAGAGCCAAGAAAAAGUUCUCACCCAAGAACCUCCUGGUCUAUACUCGACCCAAGAGCUUCUACUCCAGUAAAGGACCGACAGAGAGCCCUCCUCCUCCUCCUCCUCCUCCUCCUCCUCCUCUAGAGUAUGAAAACCUUCAGUGUGAUGCAGAAUCUUCAUCUCUGAAGUCAGGAUAUCGUCCUGCUCUCUCACCAACCCUCACUGCCCAAAAUCUACCACAAGCCAAUGGUAUAAAUCAUAGACCAGGACCUGUUGUGCACCUGAACGGUGAUAUGAAGCCAGUACGGCCUGGUGCCUGUGUCCCUCCUCUUGUUAAAGCCCUGCCAGACAUGACAUCACUGGGGUCCCUGCCCAAGAAACCACCGAGACCACCACAUGUCGAUUUGAGUGCUUACAGGAUCCAGAAGCUGGAGAACACAACGGAAAAAGCCUCCAUGAAACUGGCUCCUGGUUCAGGCAGUGUAGCUGCUGAAGCUGUGAAUGCUGAGAAUACACCAAUGCCUCCACCUCCUCAGUUUGAUGCUCCUCACUUCCUAGAUUUUGCCAGUUCUGUAUUAGAAGCGUUAAACACCAAUGUAAUAAAUCUUGCUGCUCUGGAGAUGGAGGCUACAGACUUUAGUGCCCCACCACCAGGACCUGAAGAGGCGAGUGAUGGCAAUCUUCACAACGAUGUGAUCCAGAAGCAUGUUGUAGAUCCCACAGAACUGGCAGAUGGUAAUCUGCAGGGAUCCAGUUUAGGGCAUGUGGCUGAUGCACAGUCAAUCACGGUACUUGAAGCUCAGCUCAUGGAAGCUAUGACCACAGACAUCUCGAUGAACUGUCCUCAGAACGUACUGACCGAUUCCUACAUCAGCAGUGAACUUCCAUCUGAACCAAGCAUCAACCAGCGGGACGAUCUUUACGAAAACUGUGACAAUGUCUACGAAGAGGUGGAGUCAAUCAGCAAAUUCAAUUUUGGGCAAAACUCCCGCAAACGGAAGGGAGCUCCAAAGAAUCCCUAUGCUGAGUCACCAGGGAAUGAGGAUACACGCAAGAGUGUAUGGCAUGUCGCACAGUGGAUGAAUGUGACUUCUGAACCCAAUGGUGUGACUCCUGCUCGCUGGGACAGUGCUUCAUGUAUCAGGAAGGAGCGCUCGAGCCCUGACCAUCAUGAAGAGAAAGAGGCACGGAAGAAAGAGAAGCAACGUUUGGGGCGAGAGAAGAAGGAGCAGAAAGAGAAGGAGAAGAAGGAAAAUGAGAUGAAAAAGAAGUUUAAAAUCACCGGACAGGAGGAGCCCAUGUAUCAUGCUCGUGUGCUGCUGGGCAGCAAACUGCGCAAACAUGACCUACAAGUGAAGAGCGGAGACACGGUCAGCAUCAUCCGCACCACCAACUGCCCCAAAGGCAAAUGGCUGGCCAGGGACUCGCAGAACAAGUAUGGCUAUAUUUCAGUGAUGAAUGUGGAGUUGAAUAUGAAGGAGAUGUUGGAGUUGGGGAAACGAGCCUCACAGGCUAUCGGGAGAGGACAUGGCGAGGCCGACACACUCAGUCUCAGCAGCAGGUCUUCACAUUACAACCCGGUUCUCACAAGCAGCUUUACUGAUGAUAGUGAGGAGUGGACCGGUGAUGAUGAAACCUUGUCUCAUUUACCAGAAAACACGUAUCCAAACAGGGCGGUCUCAAUGCCUGAUAUGUUUAACGCUUUUGCCAGUAAUCACCAUGCUCCGAGUGUCAGCAGUGUGGAGGACGUUCCCUCACAAGUGAAUCAUGAAGCUCUCCAGAAGCUUGCCGUUUUCUUCCAGAACACCAAAGAUGACCUGAACACUGUAACAGAAAUCGCAGACCCGAUUUCUACCAACAUUAAUGGUCCAGGUUUGCUGUGUGACGUGGAGGAGCCUCCAUAUGUUGAGGAGGACCAGUUCAGUUUCACAGACGUCGAGCUGCUGCCUCCUCCUGAACUCUACGCCGACUCUGUCUGAACCAUCAGGUGAUGGUUGAGGUCAGUGCAUGUGAAGCCAGACCUUUGUGCUCUGUUACUCCUCUGUUAAACCGAAAUCACUGGAACUCCACACUGGUCCUGUUAUGAUUUUGUCUUUCAGGGGAGCGAUGCCAUUUCUACACUUCUGUUACACACUCCAGGCUCCUGUUAGCACUCAGGAAAUACAGUCCAGUUCUCUGAGAGCUGCUAUUGCUAAUGCUAAUACUACACAAGCAUACGUUUCAGACUGUUCGACUAAACACUGAACUCUUCUAGCCAGAAGUGUGUGUGUGUGUGUGUGUGUGUGUGUGAUUUCACUUCAGCUGUAAAGGAAAGCAGUGUUAAAUAGUACAUUAAUAAAAGAGUGAGAGAGAGUGUAGCACUUUAUGGGUGUGUAUUAUAUCUGAAUGUUACACCUUGUUUGGGCUGUGAAGACUUUGCACCAUCUUGUAUGAACUUGCUUUGCGUUUUCAUUUGAACACCCUUUUGGUUCAUGAUGCCGUGUUUCUGCAUCAUUUCGUUUCCUUUUAUGUUUGUAUUAAAACUCAUUUCUGAAU